AUGUCCCACAAAAUUGCUGUCACCUUCCUAGGCACUACGAGUGGUGGCGGCCCUUCCGAAACCCGUAAUUGCUCAAGUCUUGUGAUAGACCCCCUCGGAGAUGGCUCACUAUGGACGGAUCACACUGCCGGCCUCCUCAAUCUCCUACGUAAUAUUCUUGGCAUCCCCAAGCCUCCUUCCGCACGCUCUCAGUCUUCGUCGCCGUCAGCUUCCUCUUCAGACCCACCCCGUCUCGAAAUCUAUGGCCCGCGUGGCCUACGCCGCUUUCUUCGCGUGCAGUUUCUCCUCACGCACACUCACACCGAAUUUCGUUAUGUCGUACACGAGCUUCUCCGGUCCGAAGAGCGGCCAUCCGUCCCGGGCACGUUGCCUUCUUCCGGUAUCGCUAGUUCUGAGAGGAUCAAGGCCGAAGAGGAAGGUAUAAGCGAAGAAACAAGUGAAAUCGUGAGAGAUGAGGACAUGUUGCUUGAGAACGAGGCGCCAGGAAAGGACAUUCCGUGCGACGCGCAUGGAUUUUGGCGUACAGUCGCUGUCGUGAACACUGUUGGCGGGAAAAGAAGUGGUGGUAAGAUCGUUGUUGAUGCAGGACCAAUUGAACAUCGAGACCCUUGCAUCGGAUAUGUCAUUCGCGAGAUUCCCAACCACCCGUCUCUCCCGGACGCGCCUGUUCCGCGUAAGAUUGUUAUCCUCGGAGAUACUUCUGACCCUUCCACACUCAUCCCCUUAAUCGACACCAUUGGUCCUGAGCGUCCCGCUUUAGAGUCCAGUGAAUCCAGUACAAGUACCGCAGGUGCAUCUCAAAAAUACAACAGCGCUGAGACGAAGACCGACGAUGGUAUACCAGCUACCCCCAGUCCUGUGACGCUUCUGAUACACGAAGCCACCGACGCGUAUAUUCCUUCGUCGAUAGACCCACAGGAGCGGACCGGGAGAAAGCGCACUGCUGAGAGCGUUGAGGCGAAAGCGCGCGAUCGAGGACAUAGUACUCCGGCAAUGGCUGGUACAUUUGCGCGAAGGAUCGGCGCAGAAAGGCUUGUGUUAAACCAUAUCGGCUCGCGGUUCCCUGCACCAGCGCAUCCCUCACGCAGCCCCGCGGACAAAUUUCGCCUCGCGUGUCUGCACGAAAUUGAACGCCAGGCCCUGCACGCCUGGGCGCCUCCUAAUCGCCGCGCGCGCGUGCAAGCUGCAUGGGAUUUUAUGUACAUCGUCCUUGAGCCUAACCCCGCUCCGUCUGUGUCUUCGCCUCCUUCGGAGAUCAGCGAGCGUCGUUCGCAUAGCACCCGCACGGAAGCGGAGGACGCCCCCCGCCACGAACAACGCGCGGGUAAGCGGCAGAAUGUGGAGACUACAUCUGUUGAAACUGGCGAGCGCGUUUCCGACCGACAUAACGGUCAGGAGGUGACAGAGGAGCAUACGCUGCCCACGGACACCGCGCCAACGGCACUUGACGAGUUUCAGCGCAACGCGCAUACAGAGCACACAGAUGCAGCAAGGCGAAUUCCUGGUAAACAUACGCAGAGAUCUGGGAAGCGGGAACGAUCUGGAAGUGAUAGCGCAAAACUGGGACAUGAUGAUCGUGCUGAGAGGGAAGGGCAUGGUAGUGGUAGAGGUCGCAGAGGCACAGGAAGACAUGAAGGCCAAGAACCCUCAAAAAGAGCCCGAUAA